CACCACACCAGACCACACACCACACCACACCACAUCGCAUCUGUCUCCUCUCCUUUUUGAAGCACCUACGGAGUCCAUCCAUGUGAGCGUUUUUGGCGAGUGAGUGAGUCGGGAGUGUCGCAGUGUGUCGGUCAGCGAGCAAGAGAGGAGAGGCAGUCCGACUUUGUUGACACAAGCAGCAUACACACACAAAAGAUAGAUUCAUCCAUAUACAGAGGAGGGGAGAGAGUUGCGCGUGCAUGUGUGCGUGAAUAUGGUGCGUGUGAGUACUGUGAGGGCCGGGAGGGACUUAUGACUUGUGGGCGCCCUCGAUAUUGACGAGUCUGUCGUUUGUGAGGCGUUGUGGCACAAAAUGUACGUCCGUACCUACACACACAUAGCUGCUGCAGACUGUGUGUACCUAUGGCCGCUAUUGUAUGGCCGCAGCCAUAUGGAUCGAUCGAAUGAUUGACUGAUGGACGAUCGAGUGACUCAUCCAUCCAUCCAUCUCAUCCGGCUCGUCCAUCCAUCCAUCGCCCUCCUCUCCUUCACUCACCCCGCAUCCAUCGCCUUCACUUCCCUCCCCCUCUGCCCCUUAAAAUUUGCCACCUUCAUCGCUCGCCCGUCAGCUCAUCACGUGUGUCCAGCCCUUGGGCGGUUGGGGAGGGGGAAGAAUUUGAAAUGAGGCUUGCCAGGAAGAAUUUUGAAUGUUUGUCGAGAAUUCUCGCCGGGAGACAGGGACGACGUUUGUCAUUCAGUGAUUUUCUUACCAUUUCUCAGCAGAUUUGGAGCAGCCUGCGCUGUUUUUGCCCCUCUUCACCAAUGGCAGCCUCCCACAGGCUGCCAUCGGCCUCUCUGCCUGACUGGUAUCACUCGCGUGUGGGCCCCCGGUGGCCUGUGCAGUGCGGAUGGACAAGGACUAGAGAAACCGCAAUGCACCGCGUGGCAUGUUGGGCGGCGACCAGAGUCGCAUGCACUACGACCGUUAUGGAAAGGUCGGCACUCAUCCACUCAUCCACUCACUCACUCACUCACAACCAGCAGCCCAUCCCAUAAUGUGUGUGUGCGUCUGCGUGGCAUCAUGGAUGGAUGGAUGGAUGUGUGCAGGAGGUCCUCAGUCAGGUGGUGGCGUCCGAUGCGGAUCUUGGCCCUUCGUCCGCCACGGCCUCCAACCCAGCGACGUCAGCCCCAUACCCACCAACUCAUGCGCCCCACGAUGGCCGCACAGGUACUCUCCUACAGGCCUCACACACGACACACAGACAUGCCCGUCUCUGAAUCUCUCUCUCUCUCUCUCUCUGUGUGUGUGUGUGUGUGUGUUUGUUUCUGUGUGUGUGUGAUGUUCAGCGGUGCAGUCAAGGCCAUCGAGUGGCGGACGCAGCAGGAGGAGCACAACGAGAUACCGAGCCAGGAACACGAGGUCAGAACGUGACAUUCACACAUCCACACCACAGCCGUCGGGAUCAUUCCCGUCUCUUUGUUGGCUGUCUGUCUGUCUGGCUGGCUGUCUGUCUGGCUGUCUGUCUGGCUGUCUGUCUGUCUGUCUGUCUGUCUGAGAGGCCUCUUGUGCCAGAACGGGGCCAGUCAGCUCAUCGCAUGCGCGUCGGGUUUCUUGUGUCUGGAGGGCCAGUCCGCCGCCUCCCCCAUCGAGCCGGCUAAGGCGCUGUUGUCGGGCGAAGGACGGCAGGAGCAACUUCCCCCCACUGAUGCGGUAAGUGAGCGGUUGCGCAUGUGUAUGUCUCUGUGUCUUGUGUGUGUGUGGUCAGGUUGAGCCGUUGCUGAGUUUGAGGUCGGAUGAGUGUCUUCCCCUCUCGCCGCCACCCACUUGCGAUCGCCCCUCUGGUGAUGGUGGUGGGGCGUCAGUCGAGCCGCGUGUUGUCAGGGAGGCGGCAUACUAUGAUCGUCUGAAGGUGCCGACCGACGCGACAUACGCACAAAUCCGGUGGGUGAUGCGACUGUCGGCUGACAGAGACGGCAACGUGAUGAAUGUCUGUGUGUGUGCGUGUGUGUGUGCAGGAAGCAGUACUUGAGUUUGGCGCGUGUGUGUCAUCCCGACAAGAACCCCAACGACCGGGAAGCCACAGAGACUUUCCAGUUCAGUGAGCAAUCAGUCAGCCAGUCAGUCAGUUUUCACUCCCACCUGUCCUAACAGAUCUGUUAGGAACUGACCUGUGCGUAUAACGUGUGGCAUUCAUAAAAUUGGACACGCUGUAUGUGUAUGCACCAUCAUCCUUGUAGGCUUUCAGCUGACUUGAAUUACCACACGACGAGUCGGCUGGGUGUGAGCUGGCCACGGCCACUAGGAUACUGGAGCGGCUUCACGUUGGGGCGUUGUGGUCAAUUGCUGCCUACAUUUUAUAUUUGUGGACUCUUUCUUACACCAGCGACGCUCUCAGCCCAGCAGGAUUCUUUCAACGGCGAGUGUGCUACGCGGCCGACGGCAUCACGGUGAGCAAGCCCACGUGGCUCUACAGUCCAGCCGUCCAUAUCUGUGUCUCGCUUUGCUUCUCUCUCUCUCUCUCUGUGCGCGUCUGCAGAUGGUCGGCGAUCUGGUUGGAGUCUUCGGUGAGCGACAGGCAGCACACGACAGGAAGAAAUGGUACGCUUGAGAUAACCAUUAUGAAAGAUGAUGGAUCGGUCGGUGAGAAGACACCGCUCAUGGUAUCUGUCAUCGAGCAGGUAGACACCUAUGUCUCUCUCUGUCUAUCUAUCUAUCUCUCUCUCUCUGUCUGUGUCUCUCCUCAGGCCUUUGCCUCUCCCUUCGAUUCGAGUCUCUUUGCAGGUUGAGCGCGAGUAUGAGACCCAGAAACAGAUAAGCUGACACAGACACAAAAAGGCACAUACACACGCACUUCCUCCCUGCAGAUGUGUGUGUGUGUCUGUUAGCGUCUUAUGGACGUGCCAGCGUCCGUCUGUCUUUGGCACCUGCAGCCCACAUCAGCCACUCCACACGCACCCACGGUACGCAGGUGCUGUCUUGAUUGUGUGUGUCUUGAUUGUGUGUGUGUUCAGUCGGGAGAGAUGCAAGGUGUGCCGCUCGCUGUGGAUGCAUGGAUGUGAGUGAGAAUGGACGUGUUCAUGCAACGGACCUUUACAUGUGUCUCAACUUGAUUAUCAUGUGCCUGUCAAGCACAAUGCCUGUCAAGCACAAUGUCAGCCAAAUUGUUGUGUGUGUGUGUGCAUUCGAUGACUCUUUGUGACACUGGGACGAUCACGAUGCAGUGCAGGUGUAGCUAUAGGCGAG